AUGGCUCUUAUUUCAAGACUCCUACAGCUUUCCAUGGCUCUCCUCGCCGUCAAUGCAUCACCACUUGGACGUCGUGGAACUAUUGGCUCGGACGACAUCGUGGGCUUCCCUGAGACCGUACCCAGUGGUACCGUCGGCACGGUUUAUGAGGCGUACCAGCCAUUUCUCUACGUAGUUAAUGGUUGUGUUCCCUUCCCCGCUGUGGACGCUGCUGGCGAUACCAACGCUGGCCUAGAUACCACAGGUUCUUCGAACGGUGAUUGCAGCAGCAGUACUGGGCAGAUAUACGUUCGUGGCGCUACAUAUGGCGAUAACUACGCCCUGAUGUAUUCCUGGUAUAUGCCCAAAGACGAGCCCAGCGAUGGCCUUGGCCACCGUCAUGAUUGGGAAGGCGUGAUAAUUUGGCUCACCAGCUCAACCGCCACAACAGCCUCCAACAUCCUUGCCGUAUGUCCAUCUGCGCACGGCAAGUGGGACUGCUCAACGGACGGGUACACACUCUCUGAAACCGCUGCUCUGAUUAAGUAUGAGAGCGUCUGGCCUGUGGAUCACUCUUGCGGUCUUACUACUACUGUUGGGGGAUCGCAGCCUCUGAUUGCAUGGGAGUCGUUGCCGGCUGUUGCGCAAACUGCGCUUGAGGAUACGGAUUUUGGGAGUGCGAAUGUACCCUUUAUUGAUGUAAAUUUUGAUACCAAUCUUGCUGCGGCUACUUUCUAG